AUGGUAAAAUCAACGAGAAAAGCUACAAAUUUGACGGUGAGUGAGCCCUGCGGAAAACUGUUUUCAGAGGGGGGGAGCUUAAGAGUUUGCCGAAUCCAUUGGGAAUGUGCUGAAAAUUACAGUAAAAAAUUAGCAAUAAUCGUUUGAGCCGAAUCAACUUUUUUAUUUUAGGUCACUCCGGCGCCUCCCGUGGACAUUUCGUUGUUCGUCGGAAUGCUCGAAUCGUCGUGUCCGAUUCAAGUGUCCACAGCCCUUCACUUCUUUCGAAAAGCGUUCGCCAACGGUCCGGACGUCUCGAAUAUUGUUGUUCGCGAGCAGUUUUACGGACGCAUUGUAGGCGAACACUUUUUUGACAACAAAACCCUUUUGUUUUACAGAAAAACGGUGUUUUGAACGGAUUGCGUUCGCAAAUUCUCGAUCCGGAUAGCGAGAUCAACGCCGUUUGGAUCAUCACGAACAUGUGCUGCAUCAGCAAAGAAGUCACGCAUAUGUUUGUGAAUUCGGUAUGUUUUCUUGGUUUUUUUUAGCAUGUUCAUGCUGAAAAAUGAUUGUUCGACAUGAGAACACACGAAUUCUCUGAAUUAAUGACGUUUUGGCGCAUUUUUCGCGGAUUUCGCUUUUUCGCCUUCGCCGCCGAUCGCCGCCUAAAAACCGCACUUCUCAUUUUGCGCUUUCUUGACCGUUUUCCGACAGAAUUGAUUUUGAGAAUGAUAAAUCACGUAAGUACAAGCAUUUUGAGCGCUCGAACCGCGAAAAUUACCGAAAAGCAACUGAAAUUCACGUAGUUUUAGCCAAAAACCUUCAAACGGAUAAAUGUGAUUUGCGACUUGACCAAAUUUAACGCUCUUGCGCUUCAAAAAUUCGUAAUAGCCUAUACAAUCGGUCUAUCGAGAGACAAAUCAGAAAUUAUCGGUUUUUCUUGGCAAAUCUGGCAAAAAACACAAAUUUUGCUGUUAAAAUUUGAAUUUCGCGCCAAUGUAUCGCUCUAUUGGGCGGGGCGCACUUGUGCCCAUUGUCAGCUCUGGAGACCGUGGGCCCGGAACCGUUUUGGCGCAAAAUUCUACGACAUGACCCGGAUGGCGGCGGUGGUUUCGGGUGGCUAGUGUCAGAGGAUCCGCGCUUCGAUCCCUGCCGGGGUCAAUUGAUUUCUAUCGGCCUUGUCAUGGAUUCCAAGCACAGUUCAAGUAGUCUUACGCUAAAAUUCCCAUUUACAGCACUGCAUCGACACGCUGACGCAGCUCAUUCGCUCGCCGAACGCCCGUCUCUCCGGUCAAACGGUCUGGGCGAUUGCGAACAUUUCGGCCGACUGUAUGUCAUGCAAAUCGGUGUGUCGCAAGUCGAAAUUGCUCAAAGUAAGAGUUUCUUUUGAAAAAAAAAAAUCAAAUUUCCCCGCAUUUUCUUUAGUUUCUCGGAAAAAAGCUUCAAAACUCGCAAGACUCGCUCGACUUGGAACGUCGAAAUUUGAUAUGGUGCAUCAAUAAUAUCGUGUCGGGCGGCCGCGUUCAAAUGCAACAACAUGUGAGUGGCCAUGGCCUAACAUUUUACUAGGCCAUCCCACAUUCUAAUAAUUCCCCAAAAUUGCCAAACACGAACGGUGGCCUAACUUUUUCUCUUCCAGGUCGCGCGACUCCUCAUCCGUGUCCUCGCCGACGUCUUUCUGGACACUGUCGCAUGCCGACGCAUAAAAUGCGGCUCAAUGGUGCUGUGGACACUCGCCAAUUUGGCCGAUAACACGGAUGACACGACACGGGUAGGAAAUUUGGGGGUUUUUAGGCCAUUUCUUGAAGAAUCAAGGACCGGGGUCAAACGAUUUUUGUCAACUUUGUCACGGUCUCCCACGGCGCGAAUUAUUUCAAUGGGGCGCACUUGCAACAGGCGGACUGUGUCGAUUUACGCGGCGGCCGAUUAAUUAAUUUUCAACGGGAGUUCGCGUUCUUUCUGUUUUUUGUACAAUACACCUAUUUUUCGUACGCCUGGAACCUGGAUUCGAAUAAUUAGAGCACUAGCUAGGUUGUGGUAACAGAAAUCUCGCAUAUCGUUGAGAAUUAGCCGAGUUAUUUCGAUUUGAACGUUUUGGCCUGGAUUUUGAUGUUCUUCGAAUAGUUUUCGAAAACUGCUCAAGAAAACUAACCGCCGGAACCUGAAUUUUGUGAAGAACGAUUCAGCGAACAUUUUUAUCGUUCGUUGGGCUCAUGAAAUGCAAAAUGAGCUGAAAUAUAAAGGUUUGAAGUUUUGACGAAAUUCGAAAAAGACGCUAAAAACAUGAAAAACUCUAAAUUCUGUAAGGAACGGUUUCCAAUCAGUAAAAUAUUGUUUUCUAGACGUUUUUCAAGUUAAAAAGAAAGAAAUAAAGGUCGUAAACUCGAAUUGAACUGCAUUUUUAGACGUGCAAAUUUUCAAAAGUUACAACGACACUCCGCAAUUUACGAGCGCACUGUGUUUAGCAUUAGCGCCCUCGGAGACCGUGUUUGUUGGUGUUCCUGAGCCCAUUUCCUGCAGAUUGACAUGCUGCUCGGCCACACACACCUCCUGCCGCACGUGCUUCACACUUUUCUGGAUGAGUCGGAUGCCACGUGGCAUCCGUCGGCGCUCCGUCUCAUCGGAAACAUUGCCGUCGGCGACGAUCAACAAACGGGCCGCCUCCUCGAAUUGCCGCUCUUCAAACGCGUUCUGGUCGGUGGCGGCGGCCGUCGCCUAACUUUCUCUUUCUCUUCCAGAAGACGGCCAUGUCGUCGGCGGAGCACUGCGGAGAGGCCGCCUGGAUUCUGUCGAAUAUUGCGGCGGGCGCGCCGCGCCACGUGGCUUUUGGUGAGUGUACGAGAAAGGGUUUCAGGCAAACAAUUUUCGGAAUAUUUAUUGUUCAGUUCUCGAGGAGGUCGACGAGUUUUACGCGUGGCUCCUUUCGGGCAUCAACUCGGAGGAGCGAAGAUUCAGAAAGGUGUGGCCUAGCAUUCUCCGGUUGACGUUCUCCUUGCAACCCAUCCGAUUAUGCGCUCUGUUCGCAAUCUGGCCGAAUUUCUGUGGGGCCUAACUUUUGACACUCUCAAAACGCCUCCAAAAACUUGUAUAAACUGCCACAACUGCCCAUGGCCUUCCACCCGCGCCCACCUUCCCGUGGCCUAACUUUUCCACUUGCAGGAGUCGCUGUGGGUCGUCGGAAACCUGCUGGCCACUGCGGACGACUCGCAACGCUCCCUGCUCGUCUCUCUGGGUAUUGUGCAUCAUCUGCCGCUGCUCCUCGAAAUGGACGAUGUCCGACUGAACGAGAAGGCGGCCACUGCGGCCGUUGAGUUGCUCCGCGAGCAUCCGUGGCAAUUCAAUGUCUACCGCCAACGCGAUAUUGUCGGUUUCAUCGAGAGAGCCGGCGACAUGGUUUGCCACAUUUUUAGAGUCUUUGUUUUUGAACAUUUUUGCAGUUCUCCACUCAAAAAGCUCAAUUGGAGGCGCUGCUCGAGGAGCUGAAGCCGCCGAAACGGGCGGAGAAUGAGGUGCCGCCCGGAUGCCACGUCAUUUGCUACAGUAGCCCGAACAUUGGCGAAUAUGUCUGA